AUGGGGCCCCGAGCCCUCUUCCUGCUGCUGUCGGCCCUGGCCCUGACCGGGACUCGGGCAGGUCCCCACUCCCUGAGCUAUCUCUUCACCUCGGUGUCCCGGCCUGGCCGCGGGGAGCCCCGCUUCAUCGCCGUCGGCUGCGUGGACGACACGCCGUUGGUGCGGUUCGACAGCGACGCCCGGAAGCCCAGGAAGGAGCCGCGGGCAUGGUGGAUAGAGCAGGAGGGGCCGGAGUAUUGGGACGAGGAGACGCGGAUCAGCAAGGACAACGCACAGACUCUCCGAGGGAUGAACACCCUGCGUGGCUACUACAACCAGAGCGAGGCCAGGUCUCACACCAUCCAGAGCUUGUUUGGCUGCGACGUACCAGACCGGCUCCUCCUCCGCCGGUACAGACAGGACUACGACGGCGCGGAUUACCUCGCCCUGAACGAGGACCUGCGCUCCUGGACCGCGGACACUGCGGCCCAGAUCACCAAGCGCAAGUGGGAGACGGCCAAUGUGGCGGAGCAGGAGAGGAGCUACCUGCAGGGGUGUGUGGAGUGGCUCCAGAAAUACCUGGAGAUGGGGGAGGACACGCUGCAGCGCGCAGAGCCUCCAAAGACACAUGUGACCCACCCCAGCUCUGACCUGGGGGUCACGAGGUGCUGGGCCCUGGGCUUCUACCCUAAGGAGAUCUCCCUGACCUGGCAGCGGGAGGGGCACCAGAGCCAGGACAUGGAGCUGGUGGAGACCAGGCCCUCAGGGGAUGGGACCUUCCAGAAGUGGGCGGCCCUGGUGGUGCCUCCUGGAGAGGAGCAGAGCUACACCUGCCAUGUGCAGCACGAGGGCCUGCAGGAGCCCCUCACCCUGAGAUGGGACCCUGCUCAGACCCCCGUCCCCAUCGUGGGCAUCGUUGGCCUGGUUCUGGUCCUGGUCGCUGGAGCCAUGGUGGCUGGAGCUGUGAUCUGGAGGAAGAAGCGCUCAGGUGAAAAAGGAGGGAGCUACACUCAGGCUUCAGGCAGUGACAGUGCCCAGGGCUCUGAUGUGCUUCUUCCAAUGGAUCCUAGGUGA